AUGGCAAGCAAGAAGAAAGAAGUCCCACUCCAGAUCAUAAUAACCAAUCAAGACCAGUGGGAUGAAAUGCUGCAGACAAAUGGUAUAGUAGUAAUAGAUGUGUAUCAAGCUUGGUGUGGUCCUUGCAAAGCUGUGCUGAAUGUACUGAGAAAACUGAAGAAUGAUUUUAGUGAAGACAAUGUGUUAUACUUUGCCGUGGCAGAGGCUGACAACAUUGAAACUCUGAAACCAUUUAGAAAUAACUGUGAACCUGUGUUUCUUUUUUGUGUUUAUGGUAAAAUUAUUGAUAUAGUGAGAGGUGUGAAUGCUCCUCUUAUAAUUAAGAAAGUAACAAAUCUAGUGGAAGAAGAGAGGCAAAUUGCAGCUGGAGAGAAGGAACGCACUGAGGUAGAUGAACUUGUUUUUCUAGAAGAAAAGUCAUCAGAAGAGACUAUUGAGGAGACUGCAGAUGAGGAAGAAAUUCUCAGAUAUUCUGUUGGAAUUAUAAAACCUAGUGAUGUCUUAGCGGGACGUGUAGAAGAAAUUAAACAAAAGAUUAAAGAAGCAGGAUUUGACAUCAAAGCAGCAGAGGAGAAAGUGCUAACUGAAGAGCAAAUCAGAGUGUUCUAUGCCCGGAAUAAAGAACAGCCUGACUUUGAGGAGUUUGUUCAAUUCAUGAUGAGUGGACCAUGCCAUGUUUUGGUAUUCACUAGAAAAGAAGACACUGAUGCUAUUCCUCAUUGGAAAGAACUACAUGGAGCACAUGACUCUGAGCCUGAGAAGCCAGAGAGUGGGCACGCACUUGUGGAAGCUGAGAGCCUAGUAAAUCUAUGCGACGUGCAAGACAGUGUCGAAGAUGCCAGCAGACAACUUGGCUUCUUUUUCCCGAAUUUUCAUAUACAUAAAUCAGAUCAGCAAGUUGAAAAGACUUUGGCCAUAAUUAGACCUAAACUCUUAAAGGAAAGACGAAAUUCUAUCAUGCAAAGGAUAAAGGACGAUGGCUUCAAAAUAGCAAUGCAGAAAGAAAUAGUCCUAUCUGAAGAACAAGUACGUGCAUUUUACAGUGAGCAUGUAAAUGAAGACUACUUCCCAGUCCUUCUAGAGCAAAUGACCAGUGGUCCAACUCUUGUAUUAGCUCUAACACGAGAAAACGCUGUAGCACACUGGAGAAAUUUACUGGGCCCAAAGACUCUCGAAGAGGCCUGCAAAGAAAAUCCAGACAGUUUGCGUGCACAAUAUGCAGUCGACGACGUACCUAUUAAUCAGCUGCAUGGCAGUUCUACACUUGAUGAUGCUCAGAAGGAAUUAGAGUUUUUCUUCCCUCAGGAACAAACUUUUGCAUUAAUCAAACCUGAGGCUGCUAAGACUCAUAAAGAUGACAUUAUGAAAAAAGUUAAAGAGGCUGGAUUUAGCAUCUCGAAAAUAAAAGAACAAGCUUUAACUCGUGAAAUGGCUGCACAGUUUUACAAGGAUCAUGAAGGAAAACCCUUUUAUGAACAGUUAGUGUCUUGUAUGACCGAGGGUCCAUCAGUGAUAAUGGUCUUAUCAAAGGAAAAUGCUGUGGAAGAGUGGAGGAAACUAAUGGGUCCAACUGAUCCAGAAGAGGCAAAGAAGACCUGCCCUGAAUCAAUUCGAGCUCAGUUUGCACAUGAUAUUUUGUCUAAUGCUGUUCAUGGAUCAUCUAAUAGAGAACAUGCACUGAAAAGCAUUAAGUUUGCAUUUGGAGAGAUUGAUACAAACUAA